AUGUUGUGUGAUUGUGUGUCGGCGCGGCGGUGUGCGGUGUGUGGUGGUAGCGCAUCCGCGUCGCGGCUAACGGCUCGUCCUCGGCGCGUCGUCGUCGUGCUGCGCGCGCUGACGUCACCGCUCGAUAAUGGCCGCUGCCGCCCCGGCCCCCCGCUGCUACCACGAACCCCAGCUCACAGCUCAGUCUCUCGUCGACCCGCUCUCAGAGCGAGUGUCUCUUACGUUACAGACCAAGAUAAAUCUGUGACAAUUUUCAAGAGAAACGAAGAAGACCGAACUCUCGCACACCGAUCAACACCCGGCUGCGAGAUGUCGGUGAUGCAGAAACGGCAACAUUGCUACUUGUGCGACUUGCCCCGCAUGCCGUGGGCGAUGUUGCACGAGUUUUCAGAGGCUGUCUGUCGUGGUUGUGUUAAUUACGAAGGUGCAGAUCGGAUUGAAGUUGUUCUCGAUACUGCUAGGCAGCUAAAGCGUGCCCAUGGGUUCCAGGAGGGGCGCGGGACAACGCAUGCCAAAGGUGCACAUAGGGCACCUCUAGAAGCUCAUCAAAAUGGGGCAGAAACAACAGUAAGAGGUCAACCGGCUCCUCCUGCCCAUCACGCACCCUCCACAGGAUUUCUACAUCAUCCAAGACCAUCGGCAAGUGCUGGUCUGUUAGCAGAAUAUGGCGGUCGGCGUGAGGAGCACGAAGGUAGACGGCUACCACAUUUACCUACUCACCACUUGCCCACUCAUGGCGGAGCGCGACUUGCGCCUGGACUUUUAAAAAGACCGUUGGAUGAUGACGAUCACCAGAAUCAUCACGAGCCUGCAAAGAGACUGUUGGAAGAACACACGAGACCACCUCUAACUCGUGGCGACUCUUUACCAGCAGUAUCUCUAGCAGCUCCUUUCGCCCCAGACCGCGUUUUCAAACAAGAGAAACAUCCGAUGCGUACUCCUUCUUUUGAUGCCGCUUCAUUCAAAUCCAACGGAUAUGGUAACGCAACACCGUUGACAAAUGGGUCAGCGAGCUCACCGCUUGGCCGCACAGCUGGCUCUCCACCAGUAACGGGUGCCGGAGGUGCGGGACCUUCGCCAAUGGCUGCUCUCAUGUCAGUCACCGACACGUUGCCCCCUGGCUCUCCACGCUCAGCCGGUGGAUCGCCACCACAACCGCCACCCCAAAGAUCCGCAAGCCGUUCAAGUCAACACUCGCCUAAUUCAUCAGGGUCGAACGGCGGGCGGCGGUCGUCGGGCUCCCGGCACGUGUCGUCGACGACAUCGGUGUCGUCGACGGAGGCAGGAGAGGGCACAGAACCCACAGCACCUACGCCUGCGCCGCUUCUCAAAUGCACUCUCUGUCAAGAGCGCCUGGAGGAUACACACUUCGUGCAGUGCCCUAGUCAGCCGCAUCACAAAUUCUGUUUCCCCUGCUCCAGGGAUUCCAUCAAGCGACAGCAAGGAUCAGAGGUUUACUGUCCGAGCGGAGAAAAGUGUCCACUGGCUAACUCAACAGUUCCGUGGGCAUUUAUGCAAGGCGAGAUCGCUACGAUUCUCGGCGAGGAGUUUAAGCCGAAGAAGGAAAGGGAGACCUAG